GAAUUCCAAGUUUGCUCUUAAAAUUACUUUCGUUUUCAUAAUUAGUUCGAUAUGGCAGCGUGUUUUUGAAGUAAAUUUUAUUUUGUAGGAAGUAACGGAGAACUGAUAAACAAAAUUUUAUCGAAUUUCAAGCACAAUCUGAGAUAAAAACAUGAUGGAUGUGACAGUAAAAACCCUGGAUGGGCAGAACAGAAACUACAGUGUACCUGAAGAUAUCACUGUGAAACAGUUUAAAGAGAAAAUAGCAAACUCAAUAAAUAUAUCAGCUGAGAUCCAGAGGCUGAUAUUUCAGGGGCGUGUGAUGCAGGAUGAAAAACACAUGAAGGAUUAUGAUGUACAUGGAAAGGUGAUUCAUGUGGUCCAGAGAAUGCCUCCAUCCAGUACACCUCGACCUGGAGGGGGCGCCACCAACACAGAUACACCACCAACAGGUGGAGCCACUGGUGAACAAAACCUUCACAGUACAUUGAUUGGUUCCUUUAUCAAUUUGCCAUCAGAUGUAGCUGAUCCAAACCAAGUUCAUAAUAUUGUACAACAAGCAGUCAGUAACAUGGGGGAUAUGGGAAGGAAUGCCCGAGUUACAACCAAUGCAUCUGAUGACGGUUCAUCUGUGGAUGUGCACAUUCAUCUAGGACAAGUUCCAGGAGCUAGACAAAGUGAAUCGCAACUUAGGAUUAACCAAGCAAGACGCAUGUUGCAGAUGUCACGAGAAAACCUUGACAAACUUGAUAGGCUUGAAAACCCCCCAGCGGAGGAGCAGCAACAGACCAAUACAGACCAAGGAACCAGAGAUUCUCCGAUGGAGGUGUCUGAAUCAAACCAACCAAUAGCUGAGACCACGACCAGAAAUACUUCAGAAUCCUCCCAGUCACAGGCAUCAGUACAAUCAGAAACACCAUCACAGCCAGAGGCUCCAGCAACACCACAGACACCUUCAGCCACUGUACCAGAACCUCAAACCACAUCCAGCCAAUCAAAUCCAUCCACAGGAAAUAGUAAUUCAGCCAAUGGCAGUUCCUCAGACACGCCAAGGAGACCAGGGCGCCCACAUAUUUCUGUGGUGGCUGAUGUGUUGGAGGAAGUUAGAGAGGUAAACAGUCGCUUACAGCCACACAUGGACAAUUACCAGAGAAUAGUACGUGAAGAUAGACAGCUUCCUGCAGAGGAGACUCGCAAGGCCCAGGAAGUAUGUAACCUUGUUGGGGAGAUCCUACAUGCCAUCAGCCAUUGUUAUCACAGUCUGAGUGACCUAAUGGUGGACAUGGGAGAGCCAUCACCAAGACAACUUUACGCGGCAAUAGUUCCAGCUGCUAUCCCUGCAGCUGUCAUACAACAGACCAUACCUAUACAUGCCCAGAUCAAUGUUGGAGGGCCUCAAGUUGCCCAGAGAAACAUGGCCACUCAGUCCUCAGUAUCAACUUCAUCCACAGCCACAUCUACGUCACAAGCCUCCAGUAAUGCUGCCUCACAGACAUCCUCUGCUGGUCAGUCUACAGGAACUGCAACACCCUCCACUGCCCCUGGAGCCACACCUGGAGCCACACCUGUUGUUACCAGGGCUAGUACUGACCCGUACGUGUUCCUGGAGGUUGGGCCUGACAAUGCUGUCACUGUCAAUAGUAUUACAGCCCAUGUCAUAUCCUCAGAACAGGAGGUCCCCAACACCUCAGGACCAAGCACAGGUUCCACAAACACAGCCCCACAGGGUGUUCAUGUUCAAGGUCACAAUGUAACACAGGACAUCAUCAACAACAUUGUGAGCUCAGUUAUGCACGCCCAUACCGGCCCAAGAAUAGGACCAGGUCAUGUGUUAGGCGUAGAUCCAAACAGUCUACGUUUAAGAAGGAGUACAUUUCCCUCAUCAUCUGCCAAUACAGCUCAAGCCGGUAGCCAAACCACGUCACAGAGUUCAAACACCUCGGGGACCCAGACCAGCACCCCUGCUUCCGGGCCAUCAAACACUUCAGGCACUCAAACGUCAAAUGCACCUACUAACUCAUCCGGGACACAGACUGGAGUGCGUGCACCACAAGCCGCAGCUUUUGUUGUGCCGGGAAUGCCAGCGAUGAUGCAGCGAAUUCCAACUGCCGGAGCAGCCUCUGCCGACCCUUUCCUUCCCUGUGCAUCUCGUCACUUCCUCCGGCACCAGGCCAGGAACAACAACAAUACACCUGAGAAUCAAGGGGUAAAUGCUGGAGGUAUAAUUGGGGAGUUCCUCAGUAACCUGGCUGGAGAGGUAAACCCCCAUCUUCAGGGAAUGCCCCACCCAAACAGGACACCCACAUCAACAUCUGCUUCAGGAGCAGCCACAAGUCAGACAUCUACAUCUGUUUCGUCAUCUUCCAACUCCUCUUCAACAUCGUCCACUUCUAGUACGACCAGUACCUCCAAUAUGGGGACAGGCUCCAUGCCCUUCAACCCUUUUGCAGGUUUGUUUGGUGCCAUAGGGGGUGCUCCCCCAACUGGGAUAAAUAUACGAAUGCCUGCGGGAAUGGCUGGAAUGCCACGAAUGCAGGGAAUACCAGGAAUGCCAGGAAUGCCUGGAAUGCCUGGAAUGCCUCAUGGUAUGCCUUUUCUACCAGGCCUGGCAUCAAUGUUUGGACAGGCAGGCCAUCGCCCAGCAGCAGGAACUAACCAAAGCAAUAGUAGCUCCACUACUACGUCCACCACCUCAACAGGGACAAGUCAGACAUCUCCAACAGCAGGAGCGGAGCCUGCAUUUGUACAGCAGCUCAGAAACCUUCUACAGACAGGAAUGGGUUCAAUGCCCUCACCAGCUGCUGGAACACCCAACACAGGAGCAACACCUACCCCUCCAGCUCCGGCUCCAGCUGCAACUCCAACUGCAACUCCAGCUGCAACUCCAGCUCCGACUCCAGCCCCAAGCACCCAGGGGACGACUCAAGGAACAAGCACAGGAACAGACCCAACUAGCACCACAUCACAACCAGUGAUGACAGACGAGGCAUUCACACAGCUAGUACAAGGCAUUGGGUCUAUGAUCACCCAGACAGCUGUUGGACAGCCUCCUUCACAGACACUUGCUGAAUUUCUUGGCUCCUUAGGGGAUGGUUAUAAUAUGGCACAAGGAGAAGGAUUCUUCAAUGAUGUCUACUCAUGUCUUUCAUCCCAUCUCACAUUUCCUGACCUCGUGCAAGUUUUCUACGGCAAUAGGGCACCUCUACAAAACGUGCGUGUACCGUUACAGGAUUUCUUACGACAGCGUGUGUUGGAGGGCAGAGAACCAACAAUGGAAAACAUAACAGAAGCCUCCAACAGACUUGUGGAGGAGAUGUCGGAGGAGAUUGAAGCAUGUGCAAAUGUUGCAGAGGCUAAGCCUGACAUAGAUAUGGUGGAGACUCUGAACAAUUUUUUUAGACAACAAUUUAGUGCCACAGUCCGCAUGAUCAUGUUAGCAGAUGAAUCUAACACAAAUUUUGGUAACCAGUUUUAUGAGCGAAUGCGGAUGAGUUUGGCAGAACUGAUUGUUCUCACAAGAUCCUGUUUAGUGGAAGGCCAGACAGCAUUACAGAGAAUAAUACAGAGCCGACUUAAUGCCAUGACUCGAGGUGUGAACCCUAUGAUCCAGCAGUGGAUGUGUAAUGUCAUCACUCAACAACUGAACCAGUUCCUACCUACAAUCACCAUUACCGAUGCCAACGUUCAUUCCUAUGUUGUUAAAAAAGGCACUAAAAAACAGACCUCAAACACAUCAAAGAAAAAUGAAGCCGCAACAGCAGUUGCCAUGGAAACAAGUCCACCUAUGGUGUCACCAGGUGCUUCUCAAGUAGAUUCUCCAGAGCCAAUGGAGACCCAAAACAUCAACACUGGAGCAUCAGUUGCACAGCCGCCACGUCCACAACCUGCUACAGCAGCAGCCACCAAAAUUCCUGCUGCAAAGGUGAAAAAAGAGGAGCCCAAGGCAGACUCUCCAGGUGCAGCAGCAAGUGGCGAGUCCUGGGAGGUGGAGGUCAACCCUGAAUGGGUACCAAUCAUAAACAGUGACAUAGAGAAACAGAAACACCAGCGUCCUCAGCCAGCCUACAGUGAUACUUACCUACAGGGCAUGCCAGCCAAACGCAGGAAGAUAAUGGGACAUGAAAGUCAAGUGAAUUUCUCAAAUCCAGAAGAGUCGGUCCCUCUGUCUUUACGACGAGCAGUAGCAGCAGCAGGGGUUGAACCAAUCAGCAGUCUUGAAAAUAUGACAAGUGAGGCAUCGGACAAUAAUGAACUACAGCAUGCUUUUGAUGAGCAAGUGUUGAGCAGUAUAAGAGAUCGUUUGGACAGUGAUAGUGAUUAUAGGCCUGAACAGUUCCCCAACACUGAUCGCUACUAUCAUAAAAAUAACAAAAAGUGAGUUUAUAUGGCCUACGUCGGUGGAUUGUAAAUACACGGCUUUAUUAUCAGUAAGGGUAAGCUUGACCUUGCCAUUGGUGAAUUUGUAUGAUUACUGUUCCAAUGUGACCUUAAUACCACAGAGAAUGUGUCUCUGAUAGAUAACUUAUAAUACUGUGAUAUCGCAGAGAAUGUUAGGUCAGGUCGGGUCAAUGUCAUAACCCAUCAGUCUAAACACAUCCAGUUGGGUCAGUGUUGUCACUUGUCUGUCUAAACACUCUCAGUUGAGUCACAGUCAUCACCUAUCAAUCUAAACACUUUCUGUUGAGUUAUAGUCAUUACCUGUCAGUCUAAACACUUUCAGCUAGGUCAGUGUUGUAACCUGUCAGUCUAAACACUUUCAGCUGGGUCAGUGAUGUAACCUGUCAGUCUAAACACUUUCAGCUGGGUCAGUGAUGUAACCUGUCAGUCUAAACACUUUCAGCUGGGUCUGUGAUGUAACCUGUCAGUCUAAACACUUUCAGCUGGGUCAUUGGUGUAACCUGUCAGUCUAAACACUUUCAGCUGGAUCAGUAAUGUCACUUAUUAUUCUGAACACGUCAUGUUUGGUCAGUGUUGUCGCCUGUGAGUCUUAACCCCUCAAUCUGGUCAGUGUUCUAACCUGUCAGUCUUUACAAAGUCUUGCUUUGACCGUUAAUCAAGGAUGUUGCUGAUCAACCUGAACAGUCAUUAAGCCUUAAUUAAUUAAAUGAGUGUUUUUUUAUUAAAGUUUUGGGCUGUUAUUCAUAUACUGCCCUGGCUGGCGCACUUAAUCACAGACAAUUAUACCACAUAUAAUUAAAGGACAGAACGAUGGUCACAUGAUAUUGGUUUUCAGAAGGAUGGUCACAUGAUAUUGGUUGACAGAACGAUGGUCACAUGAUAUUGGUUGACAGAACGAUGGUCACAUGAUAAUGGUUGACAGAACGAUGGUCACAUGAUAAUGGUUGACAGAACGAUGGUCACAUGAUAUUGGUUGACAAAACGAUGGUCACACGAUAUUGGUUGACAGAACGAUGGUCACACGAUAUUGGUUGUCAGAACAGUGACCAGACCUUUUUCACCUUUGGUAGCCAAAGAUUAUAGCCCAAUUGUGGUUUUGGUGAAUUAUCGCCCAAUUGUGGUUUUGAUGAAUUAUAGCCCAAUUGUGGUUUUGAUGAGUUAUAGCCCAAUUGUGGUUUUGAUGAAUUAUAGCCCAAUUGUGGUUUUGAUGAAUUAUAGCCCAAUUGUGGUUUUGAUGAAUUAUAGCCCAAUUGUGGUUUUGAUGAAUUAUAGCCCAAUUGUGGUUUUGAUGAGUUAUAGCCCAAUUGUGGUUUUGAUGAAUUAUAGCCCAAUUGUGGUUUUGAUGAGUUAUAGCCCAAUUGUGGUUUUGAUGAAUUAUAGCCCAAUUGUGGUUUUGAUGAAUUAUAGCCCAAUUGUGGUUUUGAUGAAUUAUAGCCCAAUUGUGGUUUUGAUGAAUUAUAGCCCAAUUGUGGUUUUGAUGAAUUAUAGCCCAAUUGUGGUUUUGAUGAAUUAUAGCCCAAUUGUGGUUUUGAUGAAUUAUAGCCCAAUUGUGGUUUUGGUGAAUUAUAACCCAAUUGUGGUGAAAGGAUGAAAUAUAGGAAAAGAUUGAAAGAGGAAAAAAGAAAACACUGAUUUGGGAAUUGUGGAAAUCUUCACAAUAAUUGGAAAAAAUGUGAUGAUAAAGGGGAUUGAACACAUUGGUGUAUGUUGAUUUUAUGUGAAUCCCCUUCAGUAUAUUAUGCAAAUGUCAAGGUGGCAAUAACAACAGUUUCCAUGUAGAUUUGCCUUCGUUUUUGUUUUGUGAUACAUCAAUAUUAGUAUUUUAUGUGUACAAUGUAUGUUAUAUAUAGUUUUAAGAUAUCAAGGUUUUAUCUCACAAUAUCUGCGGAAAACUUAUCCUGUUUGUUAUUCGUCAGUCAAGUCCGAUUCACCCAUGUUUUGUCGUUCUUAACAUACAGGUUUCCGGACAUCAAAACAACACAGUAGUAGUAAAGAAGCCUAGCUCCUUAGUCUUUAUUUAAAAAAUCCAGGGAUUAUUCCUGCUGACUGAAAUUGAAAUUAAAAAUUCUUUUAAAUUA